GCAGGUCUGAGCGAGGUUUCCAUAAGGCUGCAUGUUCUCGGCUCCUCGAUUGAGCAAGUCUGAGCCAGUUUCCCAGAAGGCUGUGCGUUCUCGGCUUCUCGGCUCAGCCAUGGCUGGUUUGCUGAAGAAGACCACUGGCCUUGUGGGAUUGGCUGUAUGUGAAAGUCCACACGAGAGGCUGAGAAUAUUGUACACGAAGAUUCUUGAUGUUGUUCAACAGAUGCCUAAAAAUGCAGCAUAUAGAAAAUAUACAGAACAGAUUACAAAUGAGAAGCUGAGUAUGGUGAAAGUGGAAUCAGAUGUUAAAAAAUUAGAAGACCAGCUUCAGGGUGGCCAAAUAGAAGAGGUGAUUCUUCAGGCUGAAAAUGAACUAAGUCUGGCAAGAAAAAUGAUGCAGUGGAAACCAUGGGAGCCAUUAGUGGAAGAACCUCCUGCCAACCAGUGGAAAUGGCCAAUAUAAUCAUCUAAAAUUAUGUGAUUUUGAUAGGUUGAUGGGAAACUGAUGUAAUUAAAUGUUCUAUUAUAUUUAAAAA